UUCAGGGGCUGCGUCGAGGUCGCUGUGGCUUGUUGUGGACGCACCAAAGCAGUUUGGUGCGUGUCACGAAAAUGUGCCUGCGCCCGCCGCCAACUUGAUGUGGGUUGGUGUUGGAUUGGCCUCGCUUUGCCUGCGCUGGGCCCCGUCUGGUCUCGUCUGGUCAGGUCAGGUCUGCUCAGGGAUGGAUACAUGGCAGUAGUACCACUGCUGCGACGAACUACUACGCCGGCGACUUGUAACCCGUUCCAAAAGUCGGUCGCUUCAGCAGUUAGAGGCGACUUGGUGUGUAGUGGUUGUGUGGUACUCCAAGACUACAGUACUAUCCCUCGACUCAAGGGCAGGCAGGCCAGCCAUCAUCGACCGACACCACAAUCGCCCAUUCCUCCCCUUACGCGAGGACGACGACGAUAACCAGCAGCAGAAACACCAUUCCCACUCUAUACCCUCGCUUACGUUGCGACUGUUCCCUCGAGGAUCCCAGAAACAUACCGGACCGCAUCUCGCCUUGCGAAGCUCUUGCAACGUCCCCUACGUUUCACCCAGAGCGCAGUGCCGGGCGCUCCCAUCGCGCCUCCUUGCGAAGCGCUCCUGCGAUCCGCGAAUUUGACAUUCUAAGAAUCUGCUAUUCUUCAGGCUCUGGUCUUAGAACCGAGCCCGCUCUAUACCCCUCGAAGGGACUGCGCAGGCGCGCAAAAGAGAUCUCCGGACUAAAGACUGGAUUCUGGCCUACGUCUGCACGCUUUCAUCACGUCGCCGACAAGCCUAUCGCAUAUACUCGAAACCAUACAACCCCCCGAGAGAACCCUACACCCGCCGCUCUUCCUCGAACCGCCAGUAUACCAAGACCACCGUCCCUUCAGCUGCUGCAUCUUCGCAGCAUCAGCGAACAGCCACGUCGGUGCUGUGCACUUGAAAGAUUCUGUGAUUGCAGCCCGAGGCCACUAUGAUGGCCGGUUAAUCAGUACCAUGUCCUGGUCUGAUGCUAUAUUCGGCGUCAUAAGAUAUACGGAACUCUAGACAGGCUAUACGCGCAGGGAAUCACACACACAAUUGCAGUAACUUUACGUUGACAUUCGGGCGCACUCCAGCGCGAGAAGUCCUCUCUUGCGAAGAGGAUACACCGCUCGGGAAUUCCACGGGGCUGUCCCCACCCUUGCACAGAGCGUCACUUCACGUUACGAUCUCAACCAGGCCAGCAUCCAUUCAAGGAUCCUUGGUUCGUCAUCCUCAGAGCGCCGCGACGAGAGUCAUCUGCAGGUACGGCACGGCGCUGUCAAUUCGCGGCAAGACCGCAGGCCGUUGAACUUUGUACAUCGCGUUCUGCAUCUGCUGUGUAGCCAUCAAGGCCGGUGUAUAUUGGUCGAACCCCCUCUACCCACUUCUGACAUCGAUGUACUUCAGGUUGACCAGCAUCAAACUAGUAUCUAACCAGUCUGCGGCACUGUGCACCUCGACAAGAGGAUGAGCCCAACCACUGCGACUGCUACCCGCAACCAGAGGUUCUCAAGAUCCAACUCAACAUCUUCUUCGGUGAAGACCGUCCAACUGGCUGCUUCCAGUUCAGCGAAGUCUGCGCCCGGCAAUGGCUAUGUGAGAAGAAUGUCAAAGAUUGCGAGUGACACACUCUCGACUUCUGAGCAUCAACGCUACGAUCGGAGCCGAUCUAGGAGCCGCCCGGAGAAUUCUCUGGAGUCCCGACUGCAAGGCUCCAGUCUCAACAUCAAUCGCUGGUCGCAUUCGACAUCUUCUAGUGUUUCAGCCAUCGAGACUGACGCUGUCCGUGUCCGGGCGAAUGUGUCUUCUCGGCGGCUGAGUUUGGCCCCUCCCAUGUCUUCAGCAGAAUCCGACCGAGGAGGACCGCCCUCCUCCACGAACCCUCGCCCUGCGAGUCGGAGUCCAGUCGGGAGACCGAACCAGGCCCCAGGACUCCUUCAAGUUGAGAGCAACAAUGGCUCUCGAGAAGUCAGCCCUAUUGGCGUUUCACCUCUCACACCGACCUCGAUGUUCAAUCCUAGCGCGGGUGACAUGCUUGGAGAAACAUGGCAGGGCCGCAAGGUCGGGAAGAACGGGGAAUCUGUGGCAAUGUCGAUACAUUACAUGGGGACGAAUUCCGAGCCUACGGAUCAAGCGGUUGAGAGCUCGUCUCAGUAUACAACUCAGACCCUCCAGCCAAACACGACCGGCCGACCGCCCCCGGAUGAGGAAGGCUACGACAUGGCUGAGCCAACCACAGCGCCCAGCAUUUCAAACAGAGGACGAAGUCAUAGGAGUCCCACCCAAAAGACCAUGCUGUCCAAAGCAUUAGGCAAAGCAAACACCGCGGUUCUUCUGGAUAAUGCUCAAAACAUCGCUGGGGCCAUAGAGGCCUAUGCUGAAGCAUGUGAUCUUCUGCAACAGGUUCUGGUACGAAGUUCCGAUUUGGAUGAUAGAAAGAAGCUGUCCGCCAUUAGAAGCACCUAUUCGAACAGGAUAGCAGAGCUUCAUGAUCUUGACGACAGUUUUUCGGUUUUGAUGGAGAAGGCUCUGCCCGAGGAUCCUCCUUUCGACGAUGCAAAUCACGUCUUCUUCACCAGUGACGGGACUGAACCAGAUACAGCAGGUGUUCUGGAGACAGUCCAUAUACCUCCGAGGCAGGAGUCUUUGUUGCCUGAAAUAUUCGGCGGGGAUUCAUACUUGAGCGAUCCUUCCAGCCGCAGGAGGUUACAGAUACCGAGUCUAGGUGUCCCUAUGGAGGCGCAAUACAUGCCUCGGCCGCUCUCGCCUAGACGAGCACCAUCUCCCUCUUCCGAAAGAGACACCAUGAGAGCUGAUGAUCCCAACAUUGGUACACUCCACGCGCGCGAGCACAGCACGGAAUCUACAUCGUGGCUGGAUACACUAGAGGAGGGAGAAACGUCAUCCCGGUCGUCUCGCUUAUCGUCUGUUGACUUUGGCAUUCCUGACAGCCUUAAUCUGGUUGACGAGAUCGGGGCAGAGUUCGAUGCCGUCCUGAACGCUGCUGUUGACGCAGCGUAUGAUGACAGCUUGACCGAAGAGCCCACGCCCAAGCCCGACAGGAACGGCCAGGAUUUCAACGAAGAUGCCAGUGGAGCGGUUUCAAUAUCGCAUUUUGACGGGGAACAAUCGUUGUUACAAUCCGACAAUGAAUUCACUCGAGAAUAUGACGACGGCGAUUCUUCUGAGGAGGAAGAACGGCUGCUGGAAGCAAUGACGAAGGGGUACUUGUCUGACGAUUUCGCCGUAGACACUAAAUACAGAUCCGGCAUACCUCGACAAUCGGGCUCGAGCACAUUUUCAGGCCAGACACGCUCAAGCUCCAUUCCGUCUACUACCGCUACCAAUGCCACCAUGCUGAGUACUCUCGCGGAGUCUCAUGAGCCUUCACUCGAAGAAUCUCCGCGGCCAACACCACCCGCAAAGGACCCAGUCUUCGCCUCACCUCCCCGAGGCCCUCUCCCGUCACCUCCUACAUCGUCUCUUUCACCACAAUCCAUCACCAGCGGUACCGGGGUUGAAAAGUAUGCGGGAAUGGGUCUUCGGGAGAGACGGUUGUCGGGCCAAAGUGGCAAGCAACUCAGAGUUGAGACCUUCGUGAGGCGAAACUCUUCCAGUUUUCCCAUCAAACCCACGGGAUCUGCAUCCAACACAGCAGGACUGCCCGCUCCAGCUGACAACCGUGUCCCCCGAACGGCGCCUUUGGACCGUCCGGCCACAUCACUGGUAGGCGACGCGCAGCCGCUCGCACACCUGGGGUCCAUGGCUUCAACCGAAUCUAUGCAGAGUGAGUCUCCCGUGACUCCUGCCCUGACUCAGGGCGGCUCCCAGGGCAGUAUCGACGAUUCUGUGGUGAUGCCGCCCUCACCAGGCAAGGCUCAAAAAUUGAUGAUACCGCCGCAACCUGAAGUGAGGAAGAACCUGUCAUCGUCUAGCCUAAGGGUGAGGAACUUGUCGGUCGCCACAACUGAGGUCAAUGGCGUAUCUCCUGCCACCCCAAGCAGCGCUGGGUUCAGCAGCGAACUGAAGAAAGUUGGAGUGCCCCUACCCUCGGCAACAUUUGGGCCGCAUCUUCAGCAGUCAGGAGGGAUGUACCUCUUCGAUGAUCACACCGGGGCACUUGAGGUUUCUGAGAGUCCCGGAACUCCGAGUGCCCCCACAUUGGCACCUCCUCUGCCUCUUGAGCCUUGCCCCGAAUCAUUCUUACUCCGUCCUUUCUGGUUGAUGCGAUGUCUGUAUCAGACAUUGGCCCACCCCCGAGGUGGCUAUGUCACGUCCAGAUUAUUCAUUCCUCGCGACACAUGGCGCGUAAGGAACGUUAAACUCAAAGCCAUCGACGACAAGGUCGCACAGUGUGAUCUGCUGACGGCUGCCUUGUUGAAGUUGGCAAAAGUCGACACAUUUGAUGCGGACGCGAUGCUUGAAGAACUACAAUUCUUCGAAAUCGUGCUAGACCAGGUUCGGGCGAACCUGCAGAAGAAGCUGGGCAACGACGUAGGGUUCUCUGGUUCAUCAAACAUCUUCAAAUCUACGCCGGAGGAACAAGAUCAAGGAUCGGGCAAAACAAACAACACCGCAGCGAAAUCCCUGGCUUCGAGUUGGAGGAAGCUCCGGUCUAGGUCCAGUGCGCCUGCGAUUGGCACUCACGGAGGUACGCAAAAGGACGGCUCCGCGGCUGGACUGACCAUGCCAUCAUUACCCAUGACUUCGUCGUCGUCCGUCCAUUCCUCGCGGAGUCACUUGAAUCGGAAACUCCCCCCGCCUCCGACACCAACACAGUUGACCAAUGUGCCACCGAUCCACGCCACUUACAUGUCCAGCCUAGCUCGUCUGUUUGAUGCGGCUCAAGUCCUGGACGGCAUUGCUCGGCAGGUGGAAGAUCCCGGGUUGAAGUGUAGCAGCAAGACCCAGGUCGGGCUGGAGCUGGGCGUCAAGAACGCCGCAGAGUUCUUUGCAUUCUACGUGCUCCGAUUCGUCAUGGCCGAUCUGGCGCUGUUGGUCGACAAGUUUUUGAAAAGAGGCGCCGAAUGGGUUUCGACCUAGAUGAAGAAGACGACCCCUUAUUUGUUCUCUGUCGUUCUUUUUGUUUCGAGAAUGGAUCGGAUACCAAGGGUAUAUAUAAGUGCAUGCAUGGAGCUUGGUUUUGGUUCCUGAAAUUGAUGAUGAAUGGCGUGCAGUGCGUCAACCAGUUUGUUCAUGUUGUCUCUGCCUUUUCAGCGGCAUUUCUGAUGGACGGUAUGGCGGUUUUGCUUCCCCCCCAUCUUUUUAUGUCCUCGGUUUUUAUGUCUACGUCUAUCUAUACAGUAUUUAUAGCCAGUCAUUCAAAAUCACUUUGAGAGUUCCAGUUAUUACGCACAACCCAAUAUCAGCUUUGUACAGCGAGCGGAAAAAGGGCUUCGCUUCGCUUUGCUCGAUGUCCUUUUUCUUGUCUCUUGUUCUGUUCGCUUUGCUUUGCCAUGGGUACCAGGUCUGGAAUAAUGCCUGACCUCACCUUCACCUUGCUGUAUAUAUGGGUGGCAGUACAUAUAUACAAACAUGGGUAUUUGGGUACCUCUGCACCGGAGGUACCUUGGCGGGUACUACUCGGAAGAUAUUAAUUACCAGCUACGAUCUUGUCGUAGUGACGAGAAGUUGGGCUUUCCAACACCGGGUUGGACAUCUACAUACCUACAUGUAGGUACAUAGUACAUACCCAGUCAAGACCGACCGGGUCAAAAGACACCUAGAAAAAUUACCUAGAUAUUAUAUUAGUACUGUAGGUAUG